CUUAGGAAGGUUUUAGAGCAUUGGAUUGGCACAAGCGGCUAUCCACCGAGGAGGCGCGGAGGGGAGGAAAGCAGAUGAGUGUCCAAUAAGAAGCGAGCGCGCGUCUGACAGCGGACCACUGAGCUGUGAGGGGCGGGGUUACUACUCUUUGGGCUGGAGGAGAGAUAAAGGAGCUGCUGCGGGUGAGGACCAGGUUUUGUGGUGCUGCUUGAAGAUGAGCCGAUUUCUGAAUGUUCUUCGUAGCUGGCUAGUUAUGGUAUCCAUCAUUGCCAUGGGGAACACAGUGCAAAGCUUCAGAGAUCACAGCUUCCUCUCUGAGAAACUGUACACUGGCAAACCAAGCCUUGUAAAUGGCCUCCAGGCUCGGACCUUUGGUAUCUGGACCCUGCUGUCAUCUGUGAUUCGCUGCUACUGUGCCAUUGACAUCCGUAACAAGACCUUCAACUCCAUUACCCAGAGUGGCAAGGAACUGCAUGCUGAGAAGGGGCUAUUUGUACAGAUCCUUCAAAGCCUCUAUAACAUCACACUUUUGACCUUCUUCAUUGCCCUGGGCCACUUUCUCUCUGAAGUCUUUAUCUACGGUACAGCAGCUGCAACUAUUGGUGUCCUGGCACCGCUCAUGGUGGCAAGUUUCUCCAUCCUAGGCAUGCUUAUCGGGCUGCAGUACCUGGAAGUGGAAGAAGCACCACAGAACAAGAAAAGGAACUGAAGCUGUGGCUGCCAUACCCGUUCCAUCUGCCUUCCAGCCAUCUUCAAGAGUCCAUGAUCUUCCAAGUGUUACAUUCCUGACUUUUUCUCCUCACUGUACGGUCUAACCAUCAGAUAGAUUUUUGGGGGGGACUUUUCCAUCAGUCAUCUUUUUAAUUUUCAGUUGAUUUUGAUAGGAGCAGAUAACACUUGAUCUGUGACCAAUGGCAAAAGCCCAGCCCUGAACCGCUGUCCCAAGCCAGAUGAGGGUUUUCCUGAUGGGGGCCACUGUUUUAAGGCAUCCUCAGCCUUGGUGGUGGGAAAGGGACCUCUCCAUAAUCGUGCCAAGCACGCAUAAUAAAUUCUCCCUUCAGGGCGUCCAGCAGAGAGGAAAUGUACUACUGCCAAAGAUCCACGGGAGAUUAUUCUAGAAAAACAGCACUAACUGACAGCACUAACCAGUGCAUUGUGAGCCUGUGCAUUUGUCCAUAAGCAUGAUUUGAAUAAACAAGGGGGAAAUUGUGCAAA